AUGCCAUUCCCUCCCCAUAACUUGUCCGCCUCCUUCAACUUUGCGAAGGAGGAAGAAAAGGUCAUCGAAUACUGGAGGGAGAUCGACGCAUUCCAGACAAGCUUGAAGCUGUCUGAAGGGAAGCCCAACUACACUUUUUAUGAUGGACCUCCAUUUGCGACGGGUCUUCCGCAUUACGGACAUUUGCUUGCUGGUACUAUCAAGGACAUUGUGACUCGUCAUGCCCAUGCAAGUGGACACCAUGUUAUCCGUAGGUUCGGAUGGGAUACCCACGGCCUUCCAGUCGAGCACGAAAUCGACAAAAAGCUCGGAAUCUCGAGCAAGGAGGACGUGAUGAAGAUGGGUAUCGACAAAUACAACGCAGAAUGCCGCGCCAUCGUCAUGCGGUACUCUUCCGAGUGGCGACGCACCGUCGAGCGCAUGGGUCGAUGGAUUGAUUUCGACAACGACUACAAGACUUUGAACACGACGUUCAUGGAGAGCGUCUGGUGGGCGUUUUCGGAACUGUUCCAGAAGGGUCAGGUCUACCGGGGCCUUCGAGUCAUGCCGUACUCCACUGGAUGCACGACGCCGCUGUCAAAUUUCGAGGCCGGUCUAUCAUACAAGGACGUGAGCGAUCCCGCCGUCACCAUCUCCUUCCCCCUCGUCGAUGAUCGCACGACCUCUCUUCUCGCGUGGACGACGACCCCAUGGACACUCCCCUCCAACCUCGGCCUUUGCGUUCACCCAGAUUUCACAUAUGUCAAGAUCCACGACGAUGAGCGCGACCAAAAUUUCAUCAUCCACGAGGGCCUGCUCAAGACCCUCUACAAAGACCCGAAGAAAGCGAAGUUCAAGAAACUCGCCACUUACAAGGGUUCCGACAUGAAGGGCUGGAGAUACGUUCCGGUGUUCGAGUACUUCACGGAGCAGUUCGAGGACCGCGCAUUCCGCGUGCUCAACGAUACCUACGUUACCGCUGAGGACGGCACUGGUAUCGUCCACCAAGCCCCUGCUCCUGCGCCCGAGGACAUGCCGCCUUGCCCACUCGACGAUGCUGGACGCUUCACCUCCGAGGUCCCUGACUUCGUUGGCAUGUACAUUAAGGUGACUUUGCAGACAGCAGACAAGGAGAUCCAGAAGGUUUUGAAGGCGAAAGGCCGUCUGAUCGUCCAGUCUACCCUCAACCACUCAUACCCCUUCUGCUGGAGGUCAGGGACACCUCUCAUUUACCGGGCCAUUCCUGCGUGGUUCGUUCGGGUCCAACCCAUCGUCGACCAGCUUGUGGCCAACAACAAGGAAACGCGAUGGGUGCCGCAGAACGUCGGCGACGGUCGCUUCGGUAAUUGGAUUGCCAAUGCACGCGACUGGAAUAUCUCUCGUAACCGGUAUUGGGGCACACCGAUCCCUUUAUGGGCCAGCGAAGACAUGCAGGAGAUCGUCUGUGUAGGCUCUGUCGAAGAGCUUGAGACACUCUCGGGGGUCAAGGGCAUCAGCGACCUCCACCGGGACAAGAUCGACCACGUCACCAUUCCUUCGAAGGAGGGAAAAGGUGAACUGAAGCGCAUUGAGGAGGUCUUCGACUGUUGGUUUGAGUCCGGAAGCAUGCCCUACGCGCAGCUCCACUAUCCUUUCGAGAACAAGGAGCUCUUUGAGAAAAGCUUCCCUGCCGAUUUCGUCUCGGAAGGUAUUGACCAAACCCGUGGUUGGUUCUACACUCUGCUCGUCCUUGGCACGCACCUAUUCGGCAAGGCCGCGUGGAAGAACCUCAUCGUCACCGGUCUCGUCUUGGCUGAGGACGGCAAGAAGAUGAGUAAGAGUUUGAAGAACUACCCUGAUCCCAACGAGGUGAUCAAUCAGUAUGGUGCUGACGCCACUAGAAUGUUCCUUGUCAACUCUCCUAUCGUGCGCGGUGACAACCUUCGUUUCCGUGAAGCUGGCGUCCGCGAAGUCGUUUCUCGGGUCCUUCUUCCAUGGCUCAACUCCUUCCGCUUCUUCCUUGGACAAGCCGCACUCCUGAAGAAAACUUCUGGUCGCGAUUUCAUGUACAACACGCAUGCACCUCUUUCGCAGAACGUGAUGGAUCGAUGGAUUCUCGCUCGUUGUCAGUCCCUCAUCCGUCUCGUGCACGAAGAGAUGGCAGCGUAUCGACUGUACACUAUCAUCCCUCGAUUGCUCGACCUCGUUGACGAGCUGACCAACUGGUACAUUCGCUUCAACCGAAGACGGUUAAAGGGAGAGGACGGAGAAGAGGACGCCGUCGUUGCUCUCAACACACUUUUCGAAACAUUGCUGACACUGUGUCAGACGAUGUCCUCAUACACGCCGUUCUUGACGGAGAACAUCUACCAGGGAUUGAGGUCGUUUAUCCCGGAGGACCCCAAGGCUGGCGACGUUCGUUCUAUCCACUUCUUACCGUUCCCCAAGGUCAAGGAGGAGUAUUUCAACGAGGACAUCGAACGGAAGGUCAAGCGCAUGCAGAGCGUUAUCGAUCUCACCCGGAAUAUUCGCGAACGUCACAACCUCUCGUUAAAGACUCCCCUCCAAGAACUCCUCGUCUUCCACGCCGACCCGCAGUGGCUCGAGGACGUCAAGGAGCUCCAGCGCUACGUCCAGUCCGAGCUCAACGUCCGCGAUGUCGUCUUCACCUCCGACGAGGCCGCCGCCGGUGUCAAGUACCGCGCCGUCGCCGACUGGGCCGUGCUCGGUCGCAAGCUCCGCAAAGACCUCGGCCGCGUCAAGAACGCGCUCCCCAACGUCUCCUCCGACGCCGUCCGCUCUUACGUCUCCUCCGGCAAGCUCACCGUCGACGGCAUUGAGCUGGUCGCCGGCGACCUCGCCGUCCAGCGGUACAUUGAGCUCCCCGAGCAGCAGCCUGGCGCGAGCGCCGACGCGGUGCAGCACGCCACACAUACGGACAAUGAGGUCGUCGUCCGCCUCGACGUGACUGUGUACCCCGCGCUCCAGGUCGAGUACCUCGCGCGCGAGUACAUCAACCGCGCCCAGAAACUUCGCAAACGCGCGGGGCUCCAGGCGACGGACGACGUUGACGUCUACCACGCGUUCGAAGACGGCGCCGGGGACGACAUCAAGGCUGCCGUGGUUGAGUACCAGGAGCUCGUCGAGCGCAGCGUCCGGAGCGUGCCCCGAGACGUGAGCGAGCGCGGGGAGGGGAGGAAGUUACUUGCGGAGGAGGAGCAGGAGAUCGCGGAGGUCAAGUUCACGCUGUCGCUUGCGUGGCGGUAG